AUGGCGCAGCAUGACUUUGUCCCUGCCUGGCUUAAUUUCUCCACGCCCCAGCCUGCCAAGUCCCCUGCUGCAAACCUCGAGAAACAAGCAGAGCCUCACCACAGAGAUGGCCGAACAUCUGCGAGCCGCCGCCGCCACAACUCUUCUGACGGCUUUUUCAACAAUGGCUCCCUCCAUGCUCCAGCGGGUAAUACAGGUGAUGGGUGGCAGCAGCUUCUGAGGCAUGACUCUGUGGACUCUGGGGUGGCCAAAGGGGGGCAGGGGGGUCUUGUGGGGGGAUCCUGUUGGAAGGAGACUCCCAGCUGGCAUGGAGCUCCACGUGGAGCCCCGGACAGCCUCCACCAUCAGGGACGCCAACCCAAGCGGGGAGCAGGUGAAAGGGACAGACAGGCGGGGCACAGGCAGCGCAACGGCAACUUCCACCCACGCAAAGGGCCCUCGUAUCAGGACAAGUUUCCCAACGAGGAACGCAAAGACAAGGACGACAAGCUCAAGUUUGUGGAAGAGGAUUUUCCUUCUCUCAACCCUGAAAUGACUGGAAAGCAUGGAACUCAAACACGAGCAUUACCACCACAUGCUGGAGUAUGGGAAAAUCCCCCAAGUGGAAAACAGAUGGUUUCCAAGAUGCUGGUUAUCAAAAAGGUUUCCAAGGAGGACUCCAGCACUGCCUUCUCUGCAGGCUUUGCCACUGCUGGGGCUCUGCCCAACGGCAAAGCACCCAUCACUGGCUCUAGCGUCUACAAGAACCUGGUCCCAAAACCUGCCGUGGCCCCAACCAAAAGCACCCAGUGGAAAGCUGGAGGACGAGAAGUCUCAAAGUCUGGCCUUCAUGUGGCCAGUCGAGACUCUGUGUUCACCAGCCCCAUGUCUGCAGCCAAACCAAGCACCCCAAACAGUGCCCCACAACACAACGCCCCAAAAGAGCACCCUUCGAGCACCACACCUCCCAUAGACAUUGCACCAUCGAGGCUCAAGCUGAUGCGCCGUGGUCCUGACCGUAAGAGCGAGUUCCUGCGCACUCUCAAAGACGAGGGCACCGGUGAACUCACCACAAGCAGCAGCCCUGGAACAUCGGGAGAGGGCGAAAGCAGCACCCCAGAGCCCAAAGCCUACAGUGAGGAGGUCCAUGAGAACGGUCUGUCUUGCUCUCUGAGUGAUUCAGACACAGAACAUUUGUCGAGUUCCCUCGAGGCAGAGCACAGGUUGCUGAAAGCCAUGGGCUGGCAGGAGUAUCCAGAGAACGAUGACAACUUCCUGCCUCUCACUGAAGAUGAGCUGAAAGAGUUCCAGACAAAAACUGAACAGUUGAAGAAAAAUGGCAUUCAGCGUAAUGGGGUUCUUCCAAGGGCGCGGGGCGUUACCCUCCACUUCACCCCCUGGAGGAGUGUUGCGGAGGCGCAUGUUGAAGAAGGAUCUGAGUCCGACACCAGUAGCAGCAGCCAGACCUCUGAUGAUGAUGAUGACUGUAUCAAAUCCUAA